AUGACGGUAUUUGAAAGCAUCGACGCCGGGUUGACCAAUCUCCUGGGGCAGUGGAGCGUGUACUCUACGGCGCUAGCGACGGUGCUGGUUCUGAUCCUGUCGUACCGGGUGCUGUCAGCUCAGGACCCGGACAUCCACCCUAUGCUCCUGGCGCGGCAGUCGACGGCGUCGACGGUGCGUCACGAGGGCCAGAGCGCCGUGUACCGGUCGCAGAUCGUGCCGCACGGCUCGGGCCUCCGGGCCGGUCUGGACAUCAAGGACGCCGGGGCGCCCAAGUGGUCGCGGGGGCGUGACGGCGACGUGCGCGACAUCUGGAGGGCGCGCGGGCGGCAGGCCAACCAGGGGACGGGGAAGCUGCUCACGGUGCUGGGGUCGCAGAGCGUCAUCGAGCACAGCUACGACGAGCUGACGCGGCAGAUCGGCCUGGUGGGCAGGCACAUGGCGGAGCAGGGGGGCAUCCGGGUGGCGGUGUACCUGCCCAACUCGUGGGAGCUGGUGAUGACGCUGCUGGCGUGCAGCUUCUUCCCGAACCUGACGUGCGUGCUGAUGCCAUACGACGUGUCGGACGAGGAGCUCGUGUCGAUGCUGCGCCGGUCGGCGGCGGACACGGUGGUGACGGCCUCGGGGGCCUUCCCGCUCGACAGGGUGGUGGAGGCGUACCCGUCCCUCCGGCAGCUGGUGUGGGUGGUCGAGGGGGCGAGCAGCCACCUCGACUGGAGCGAGGUGCCGGAGGGGGCGGGGGGGAGCGUCAACGUCGCGACGUGGCAGGACAUCGUGCAGGACACGUCGGCGUCGGCCGGCGACCUGCCGGGGACCGGUGCCGACGGUGCGGCGGCGGCCAGCGACGUCGUCGUCUUCUGGAGGAACGCGACCGGCGGCGUCGGCGACAUGGUGCGCUUCACGCAGGCCAACAUCGUGGCCGGCGUGGCGGGCCAGCUGGCGGGCAUCCCGGCCAAGGACCGCUUCGACGCGUCGGACCUGUUCCUCCCGGCCGACUCCCUCGCGCACGUGCACACGCUCACCCUGACGCUCGCGGCGCUGUACUCGCACUCGUCCGUGGCGCUCAACUCCGUCGCCGACCGCGCGGCGGACCUGGAGGUGGCGACGCGGGGCGUCGCGCCGACCGUGGUGGUGGCCAGCCCGGCCACGCUGCUGGCCACGCACGCCCGGUCGGCCGCCCGGCUCGCCGCCUCCCCCGCGGCGCGCCUGGCCCACGCCCUGGCCAGGCGCACGCUGGCCGUCGAGGGCGUCUUCUCCCCCGCCAACGUCCUGUCUACGCUGUCGUCGGCGACGAGGCCCGUGGUCGGCACCACGCCCGGCAAGCUGCGGCUGCUGUACGUCGCCGAGCGCGCCAACGGAUCUCCUUCCCUCCACCCCCUCUCCUCCUCCCCUAUCGGAGCGGACGACGGCAGCAGGCGUGGCGGCGAUGAGAGGAUCUCGGCCGAGGUCCUGUCGGACCUGAGGAUCUUCACGGGAUCGAGGAUCAUCUAUGCCCUAUCCGCCGCCAAGGUUGCCGGUGCGGUGGCCCAGACGGCCCUGUACGACUACCGGGUCGGGAAGGACCACUUCGGUGCACCGCUGCCUAGUGUCGAGAUCUACCUGCGCGAUGUCGGCGAGUACAAGACUACGGAUGAAGGGGCGGCUGGAGAGAUUCACGUCCGCGGUCCUGCUGUUGCUGGUGAAGAGGCUAAUAUCGGUGUUAUUGGGGUGAUUGGCGAGGAUGAGACGUUGGCAUAUGCUUAG